AUGGCUCCUUUGCUCAAGGCUCUUUGCCUUGCUCUCUUCUUCGUUUAUGACUCUGCUGCAUUUCCUUCCUUGCUCCCCGGAGGGGGCAAAGGAGGUCUGAUCCCCAAUGGGAAAGCGGUGUUUUCCGUCAAUUUCGGCCUCAACGACGGCGACAAGUCCGAUUAUGAAACCGGCUUCCGCGGUGCUUGGAAGGCGGAUAAUCCGAAUUCCGGCGUCUCUAGCAUGCACUUGCAGUUGCUUCCAAACAACAAGUUUGUUUGGUACGAUGCAGUCAGCCUGGGCCCAUCCAACAUUACGUUGCCGGAGGGAGACUGCCGCCCGAUCCCCGGCAAGCCGAACCAGGUCGACUGCUGGGGUCAUGCCGUGGAAUACGACAUUGAAACGAAAGAGAUCAAACCCCUCAAGUUUAUGACCGAUGCGUGGUGCUCAGCCGGAGGCCUGACCCCAGAAGGAUUCUUGCUAAGCCUUGGUGGCUUUGCGGAUGGUAGCAACGCAGUUAGAAUCCUCAAACUAUGCGAGAAUUGCCGUUGGAAAGAAAACGCCCAAGGCCUUGCUAGGCCAAGAUGGUAUUCAACCCAGGAAAAACUGGAAGAUGGAAGUUUCGUGAUCUUCGGCGGUCGCCGGGAGUUUAACUAUGAAAUUGUGCAGAGCUCACUGCAAUUCGAAAAACAGUUGGUGGACCUUCCCUUCAUCAAAGAAACCACAGACCCAUUCGAGAACAAUCUUUACCCAUUCGCGUUUCUUCUUCCUGACGGAACGGUAUUCCUUUUGGCCAACAACCGAUCCAUCAUUCUCAGCCCCAGGUCUGGCCAGAUCGUUCGGGAGCUCCCCGUCUUGCCUGGAGGCUCCCGGAACUACCCUGGCUCCGGGUCGGCAGCGCUCCUCCCGUUGAAAAUCUCCGCCAGCAAACCCUUUGUCACGGACGCCGAGGUUCUGGUUUGCGGUGGCGGCGUUCACGAUGGCACCCAACAAGCCGAGAAAGGAAAUUUCAUGCCGGCGAUUCAGAACUGCGGCCGCAUACUGGCUACUCAGCCGGGCGCUGAGUGGGAGAUGGACAUGAUGCCGAUCAGAAGAACCAUGGCCGAUAUGCUUCUUCUCCCCAACGCCGAGGUCUUGAUUAUUAACGGCGCCACCGACGGAGUCUCCGGUUGGACCCUGGCCAGGAACCCGACCCGCAAGCCGCUACUCUACAGCCCCAAGAAAAAUCUCGGAGAGAGAUUUACAGAGCUCGCGGAGGCCCGAAUUCCCCGGAUGUACCACUCCAGCACAGCGGUGAUGCCGGACGGAAACAUCUUGGUGGCCGGCAGCAACACCAACCCUCGAUACCUCUACAAGGAUGUUGAGUUCCCAACCGAGCUUCGGCUUGAGAGGUUCGCUCCGCCGUACUUGGAUCCGGAAUUGGACAAAUACAGGCCCGAAAUCAUUGAAGACUCGUCCGACAGCAAGUUGGUCUAUGGACAGAUUUUCAAGGUGAAAAUCAAGCUCGACGACAACGAAGCUGAGGAGGAUGAUAUCAAGGUGACGAUGCUGGCGCCACCGUUCACGACGCAUGGGUACUCGAUGAACCAGAGGUUGGUGGUGAUUGAUCCGAUUAGAUAUUCGAGAGGGAAGGUCACUCUAAUGGCACCCAGCAAUGGGAGGAUCGCUCCGCCGGGGUACUAUCUUCUCUUCGUAGUCAAUCGGGGCGUGCCCAGCCGUGGAAUGUGGGUUCAGAUUUUGUGA